CAACCGGCUGCAGCAUGGCCGAGGUUUUGUUGAGUGAGGCAGAGCGUACUUUUAUUAUUCACGGCGUUCAGGAUAAUGUGCGUGCAGAUGGGAGGUGCAGUGAAGAUUACAGACACAUGGAACUGGAGACUGAUGUUGUGUCAAAUUCUAAUGGAUCGGCCAGAAUAAGACUGGCCAAUACUGAUGUUCUUGUUGGCAUCAAGGCAGAGCUCAGCCCUCCAGCACCUGGCAGACUGGAUGAGGGACGACUAGAAUUCUUUGUAGAUUGCUCUGCCAAUGCCACGCCAGAGUUUGAGGGCAGAGGAGGAGAGGACCUGGCCACUGAGAUAGGUAACAUGCUAAGUAGAGCCUAUGACAACCCUCACUGCCUGGACCUAAGAAGUCUGUGUGUGAUUCCUGGACAACAGUGCUGGGCUUUGUAUAUAGACGUCUUGCUGUUAGAAUGUGGGGGUAACGUAUUUGAUGUGGCAUCUUUUGCUGUGAAGGCUGCUUUACAUAAUGCAAAACUCCCAGUGGUGACUGUCAGUGAAGAGGAAGGUGGGGAGAUGAAUCUCGAGUUGUCUGAUGAUCCGUUUGAUUGUAAGAGGUUGGAUAUUUCACACACACCAUGUUUGGUCACAGUCAGCAAGAUUGGGCACAACCAUGUGGUGGAUGCGACGCUAGAGGAGGAAGCUUGCUGCUUGGCCAGGUUGAUGUUAGGUAUAACAACAGAAGGAACCCUAACCGCCAUGAAGAAGGAAGGCUCUGGAAGUCUGGACCCUGACAGUGUUUAUGAAAUGAUGGAGUCUGGUAAAAAAGUCGGGCAGGCCAUCAAUGUUGCUCUUUUACAUAAGCUUACAGAAGAAGAAAAACUGGGACUUACAAAAAGACAGAAGGGGUUUCUUCGAUAGAUGAUUACUUUAAUCAGUAAAAAUAUUUUUUUCUCACCGCUAAUCCAAGACCAAAUACUCUUAAUUGUUUUACAAUUACUUUCCAACAGUUACUUUUAUUUUUUGUCAAAAGGUGCUGGUGUUAAGCUGGAUGUUUGUCUUGGACCGAGAGCGCCUUCUACUCUCACACAGAUAAAGAAACCAUUCAUAAAUAUGCUGUAUCAGCCACAGCUGGAGUGAAUCACAGUUUCCUUGUGAAUUUUUAUUUCCUGAGAUGGGUAUUGUCUUUCACUGAUUUAACUCAGAAACCCAUUUUAUAAGCUUUUCUUGAAUUCUCAUUCUCUGAGCCAUGUUUUUUAAUCAAACAGAUUUUCCAUAUAUUGUAAUUUUAUCAUCAUUUUGUAGUCAGAACAGUCCACAUGGUUUUCUCUGUGGGUGGUCCUGAUAAGAGGCUGCUGUCUGCUGGCUCAGAUAGCAAGGCACAGCCGCUCUCCUGGGUGUACUUUAGGCCAAGGUAUGGAUUGACAUUUAAUCUGCCAACUGGGAGGAGUAGGCUUCACGCCUUCACUACGUCAAACCUCUUACAUAUUAGAGGCAGCAGAAUAAGUAAGGUAAACGAUGCAUGGUGGUAUAAUAAUCAGGUUUAAAACUUAAACUCGAAAAUACAUAAAAAAUUAAGGGGUAAAGACCACAGGUGGAAAGUCGAUU